CACAUAAUUUAAUAUUAACAGGUUAUUGUAGUCAUUAGGUUUCACAAGCUCACAGAUUUAGUAUGUUUAAAAGUGACUACACACUAGCGCACAUCAGAACCAUGGUGUUGGCAGCUACCGCGUUGAUGCACGAGAUGGACAAGUGACAAUAUGGCGGCUGGGACAUGCGCAGGUGUAUAGGGGAGGGGCAUGCGGGAGGUUUGUGAGUGAAGAAGCAGUGAUGCGAAACUAUAUAUGUAGUUUGAUGGCCUUACUCAAUAAUGAAGACUGACACUCACUCAUCUGAAGGUGAAUCACAUGCAGAAGCAAAAUUAGGUUUUGAAGAGUGGGGAGAGUGUUUGCAAGUCCCAGAAUUAGAUGAAGACAUGGUGUAGUGCUGUUUCUGUUCAUUCUGAGUUAGGAAUUCAAUUAGUGUGUGUGUGAAAUGCCGGUAUGAAAAAGGAUGCCCUACAGUCACCUUGAGUGUCGGACAACUUUCCUUGAUGUUCGUACAUCCAAGUUGUUCUGACAAAUGUCCGAACACUUGGAAAAUUUUUAUUUAAGGCCUGAUUUGUGAUUGGGACGCCAAGUAUGAUGAACUGAUGCAAGUUCACAUGGAAGAAAAGUUGUAUGCUGACUGAUGAAAGGAACAGGGGCACAGCGCGGCAUGAGCUAGACCAGGCUAUAGCCCAUCAUUUGUAGAUGCGGCCUUCAAAUUUCUGGACUUUAAAUAUGUAAUGCUUGGAAAUGCACUGUUAUGCUGGACAGCAACUAAGACAACCAUUCUUAUGGAUCUUAUCAAACAAUGUGACAAAAAUAGUUUUCCUGACAUUUUUACUUUUGUUUUUAACUAGUUGCUCCUAGGUUUGUUAGCCCAGUAUCAGUGGCCUAAAAUCAUAACAUCUUAAAACUUGGCUAAUGUUUACAAUGAGCCAAGAAAGACUCAAUGCACUUGCACUACAUUCACUUCAACUAUAGAACUGACGUUGAUUAGGAUGCAACCGUGGAUACGUUUGUUAGCAAACAACCUUUCAGAAUGUUUCUUGAGCAUACAGGACAUAAUUAAUGUAUUUUUCGUUUUCCUCAUGUGUGCACAUAUAAUAUAUCAUGAUUCUGUGUGUAGAUAUGAAAUUCAUCUGGUAAUGAGACAUUAAUGUGUACUAUCGUUUUCACAAACCGUUAGUGAAACCUUGCUAAAUUGUCCAAGUGUGCACCACCUUUGUUCCAGUCUGGAUGUGCACCUGAUUUAAUGCAUCAGUUAAUAAAAAGUCAGUAAGAAGUGGGUGUGUUCCAUAGCAGCAUGAAGUCUAGCCCUCCAUUUCUAGAGGUCACGUUAUGCCCUUGAAAGGAAACCAAUGUCUGUGUAACUUGGUGAUAGUUUAUGAUUUCUGCAUUGGUUGUAUCCAAAGUGGCUCUUACUGAUGAAGCAAUUAAGGUAGGUUGCAGGAGAGCUUUAUGAAAUAGGGUUUACAAAUAGUGGUGCAAAUGGAUAAUCAACCUUACAUAUCUCCAUAAAACGAGUUGGACCUUGAGUUAUUAAAGCUGGUCAAACAUCGACAAUUAGCACAUAAUAUAUCAGAUCCUCCGGCAAACCCCCACCUUAUACAGUAGUUUUUUUAGCAAAGUUAAAUGGACCAAGAGGAUGGGAAUACUUGUGUAGGUAUGGUAUUACUAUUAUUACGUAUUUAAUACUACUAUUACUUACGUCUACUUUAUGUUUUUCAUGUUGGUGGUGGUGGUGGUGUGUUGUUGUUUAGUAUUUACAUGGUUGUAAUGGUUGUUAAAUCAUUAUUUUUAUGUAGAGCGGGGAAGAAACUACUGACUCUUCGCUCCGCCAUUGAACUAUCUUUGCCUGAGGCUCCAUCAAAAUUUGUGCCAUUGCUUCCAGUGUUUCAAAGUAAUACUGAGAGAUCAAUGAAUUCCAAUCAGUAUCAGAGUGGACAGGUGAACGUUACAUCUCUUCAAGUUAAGGUAGUUACAGCUGAUGUCAGGUCGUUGGAAGAGCAGUCAGACUAUGAUGAGUCAAAUGUAGAAACUGCCAUGUAUUCAUUCCAACCACCUUCCCAAUCCGCAGAAACAGUUGAUGUGAAAUCAUGUCUUCGUCUACUUUUGGAAUUGUUUGCACAGUGGCUGGACGUAUCUGUCAGUUCUCGGCCUCCUGUUAUGCUUGUAUUCGAGAUUGUGAAAUCAGCAGUCACUUUGUCAGAUGUGUUUGAAGAGUUGUGGCAUUUUGAGUGGCUUCUUGAACAUUGUCUUCGUCUUGCUGCUGCACAUGUACCUGAAAAUGAGCAAAUUUAUCAAUACCUUAUUCUAGGUGCCUGUAAAGCAUCUGCUAUCUUGAGAAUUGUAAAGGAGUCAACUUGUGAGUGCGUUACCAAGCUUGCUUUGUCAGGUCUCACAGCUUCCCAUGAGUCAACACAAGUGCUUACAUUACAUGGCAUUUUGUAUGUACUAGAAGCACAUUCAGGAGCAGAUAUGGGAGUCUUGUUGCCAACUUUAGCUGACUAUAUUACGUCUUUGCUGCUUGAAACUACUUGUGGCGAGUGUCAAUUGUCUGAAGAGCAUCAGUUAGUCUUGUGGUCUACUGCUUUCUUCCUUGUUGAGCAAUACUCUGAUAACUUGAAGUUGUCAGAUUUCUCAUCUCGUGUUGUAAAGGUAGCUUUAGUGUCAUUGUCCAUGGGAGAUGUUCUUCCAUUGUCUGUUUACUCAUCAGUUAGCCGAUGUUUGGAAAGAUUACUGCUUUCUUUCUCUUUGUCAAAGUCUGAUCGAGAGGCAGUGCCAAAAGUGGCCUUAGAAAGGCAUGACACGGCAAGCUUCAGGCGAUCCUUGCCUGCUCUUGGCCUUUUAUUGACGCAGCUUUACACAGGAAGAAGUGGUUAUCAAGCAGGUGGUAUAAGUCAAAUGGAAGGUGAGACACUGAAUGACCCAGGCAUGGAAGAGCAGCUUGCUGUGCUUGAGAAGAUCACCAAAGUUCUUGACAGGAUGCAUAAGGCAUUGCCCAUUGAGGCCGCUGUUAUUGCAAAAAUAUUACCAACUCUUCUGGAAGAUUUCUUGCCAAAAACUCAGAUUGUAUCAAAAGUUGUGCAUGAAUUUUUAUCAAGUCAGCAACCUUACCCAGGGCUAAUGGCUGGUGUAAUGUACAAAGUGUUUGAAAACUUGAUGCGAAAGAAAGAAGUUGGCUUUGUUACUAACUGGGUUUUGCUGUCAUUGAGAAGUUUUGUUCAAAGAACACCGUUGGCAAUGGCUGUGUGGAGCCUCAAUUGCCUAUUUGUUUGUUGUUCAUUAAAUGGUUCUAUUCGAGCACAAUUUCCUUGCGUAGUGGAGCGUGUUGGUCAUUUAGAUGAUUUGGAUUGUGAAUUUUUGGCAUUUGUAGUGAAGGAAUUCUACUACAAUAGGGGUUUGAGCAGUGAUGACAGUGCAUUACUGGUGUCUGUAUUUCGCUCUGUGUCGGUCGACCAUGAAGUGUACAGGCAUGUUGUAUCAUGUCUUGAGGAGUCUGCUAUGUAAGUUAGGAAUGGACUCGUGAUAUAUAACAUUUCAUGAUCAUGCAGUAUCAUUACAAUAAUUGUUUACCAAUAUUGUUCACAAUAUGUAUUAGCUCAUUGAUAUUGUUGACACAGUUGUCAUACAUCCUUUCUACUUUGUAAUUCAAUUGCUUAUCUGUGAUCAA